UAUAUUGGUGAAGGGGUUUUGUGAUAUUGGGAUGGUUGAAUAUGCUGAAUGGGUCUUGGAAAAUUUGGUUAGCGGGGGGACUAGCAGGGAUGUGAUAGGUUUGAACAUUUUAAUUAAUGGUUAUUGCAAAGGUGGUGAGGUGAGUCAGGGACUCGAGUUGAUGGAUGUCAUGAAAGGGCGGGGUUUGUUGCCUGAUAUUGUUAGUUAUAACACCUUGAUCAAUGGGUUCUGCAGGGCCGGUGAUUUUGUUAAGGCUAACAGCCUUGUUGAAGAAAUUUCUAGGAUUAGUACUACACAAGAUGGAGAGGGCUGUGGGGAUUUGCAAGCAAAUCUCAUUACAUACACUACACUCAUGAGUUCGUACUGUAAGAAUAAAAGCCUUGACGAAGCAUUCUCCUUGUAUGAGGAGGCGGUCAUGAAUGGGUUUUUGCCUGAUGCUGUUACUUAUGGUUCGAUUGUGAAUGGCCUGUGCAAAUGCAGUAGGUUGAGCGAAGCAGGGAUUCUCUUAGGAGAGAUUGAGGAUAUGGGGAUCGAUCCUAAUCCUAUUGUGUUCACUACUCUGAUUGAUUCCAAUCUGAAGAAUAGGAAAUAUGUGGAUGCUUUUGCACUUGUAAGCCAAAUGGUAGUCCGUGGAAUUGUUUUUGACGUGGUUGCGUACACUUCUUUGAUGGAUGGGCUUUUCAAAUUGGGCAAAAUUGGGGAGGCAGAGAAGCUUUUUAGGACUAUGAUGAAUGACGGUCUAGUUCCGAAUUACAUCACCUAUUCUGCAUUGAUCAACAACUGGUCCAAGUUAGGAGAUAUGGAUGUAAUAGAACGGACACUAGAAAAGCUGGAUAAUGAAAAUAUUCCAACAAAUAUCAUUACAUAUACUUCCAUCAUAUGCGGCUACAUUAAGAGAGGCAUGUUUGAUGGAGCUGUUAGUAUCAUGAAGAGGAUGGAUCAGCUAAAAAUAUCGCCAAACAUAUAUACUUAUGCUGCUCUAAUUGAUGGCUUUUUUAAAGGAGGUAGACAAGAGGUUGCUCUUGAUCUUUACAGUGAAAUGAAAAGUAGGGGUUUGGAAGAAAAUGAGUUUGUAGUUGAUGCUAUCGUGAACAACUUGAAAAGGGAAGGAAAGAUGGAGGAAGCUGAAGAGCUCAUUAAGGAUGUAAUAUCUAGAGGACUGUUGCUUGAUCGAGUGAAUUAUACAUCUUGGAUGGAUGGCUUGUUCAAGGUAGGGAAGGAGUCCGAUGCCUUAAGGCUCGCUCAGGAAAUGAUGGAAAAAGAAGUUGGGUUGGAUGUUGUUGCAUAUAAUGUGUUGAUCAAAGGUCUUUUGAAGCUUGGCAAAGAUGAACUGGAAUCAGUGUUUGCUGAAAUGAGAGAUUUUGGUUUGACUCCAGACCAUGCUACAUACAAUACGAUGAUAAAAGCAUGUAUUGAGAAAAGGAACUUGGAUAAUGCUCUCAAACUUUGGGAUGACAUGGAGAUCUCAGGUUUAACUCCAAACCUGAUUACAUAUAACAUUCUCGUGAAGGGACUAUGUGAAACUGGCCUGAUAGAAAAAGCAUUCUAUGUGGUAAACAAGAUGUGCAACCAUGGUUUAUGCCCUACCUUCACUAUGUAUAGGGCUUUGCUAGAUGCAUCUUCAAAAGGCAGGAGGGCCGAUGCAGUUUGGCAAAUGCACAAGAAACUUUUGGGAAUGGGCCUUGCACUCAACCAGGCAGUGUGCAACUACCUCAUAAUUACAUUUUGCAGGCUUGGGAUGACCAAGAGAGCCACUUUGGUUUUGGAAGAUAUGAAGAAAAAGGAAAUCCCAUGUGAUAUAAUUACAUACAAUGCCUUGAUUCUUGGGUAUUGCAAGGAAGCCAUCUGAAUAAAGCUUUCGCUUUAUACUCUCAAUUGUUGGUUGAAGGGGUUUCUCCAAAUAAUGCGACGUACAAUACUCUUAUGGGUGGUCUGGCAUCUAAUGGUUUGAUGAGAGAAGCAGAUGAAUUAUUCGGUGAAAUGAAAAGAAACGGCUUACUUCCUGAUGCUAUGACGUACAACACUUUGAUCACUGGCCAUGGUAAAGUUGGAAACAGAAAGGAGUUCAUGAAACUCUAUUGUGAGAUGAUAACUAAAGGCUUUGUUCCGAAAACCAGCACUUAUAAUGUGCUUAUUAGUGAUUUUUCUCAGGUGGGAAAAAUGGAACAGGCUAGAGAGCUGAUGAAAGAGAUGCAAGCGAGGGGUGUGUUGCCUAACUCUGCAACCUAUGAUAUUCUAAUUUGUGGUUGGUGCGAGCUUUCUAAUAAGCUGGGGCUGGAUAAAGUGUUGAAAAGGUCAUACAAAGCAGAGGCAAAAAGACUACUAACUGAGAUGAAUGAGAAAGGAUUUGUACCAUGUGAAGGUACCCUCUCUCAUAUUGGUUUUUCCUUUUCAAAACGUGGGAAACAAGUUGAUGCCAAAAGGUUUUUGAAAGAAUUUUACAAGUGGAGGAGUAUAGAUUGAGUGGACCAUAAGCAGUUGAGUAGAUUCACCAUAUUCUGGGGCCAUCGACCUCUUCAGUGGCUUGGACAAUCUAUAUAGCAGGAUAAACAUCAGCUUCCAUAGGAACAGAAACAAUCAAGAGUUGCGUUUUCCUUCCAAUCUUUUGUAUAGCUAGUGCCUCAACAAUGACUGCUACUUCGAAAUGAAAACUAUAAGAGAUGUUGCUCAGCUGGGGCUCAAGUAGGAGCAUGAACACUGGGAAGAUCACCAUCCUGAAUAUGAUAAUAGCAAGCAGUCAUGUAGCCUUGUAUGGAUCAGUCUUCUUAGGUGAUUCGUCCUUGUUCUGUUGAGAAGAUUAAACAAAGGAAUUCUUACUGUGGUGUGGGUCAAGAGAGGAGUUCUCCAUUUCUUUUGUUCAUCCUGAAUACCCACCUUUUCCUUCUGCCUUGUUGCUCUCUCCAACUUAUGACCAAGGCAGCCUGACUGUAAUUGAUUGAAAAUUCAAGCUAUCUUCAUUUCCCGAGGGAAUUAUUCCUGCUGUAGCUACAUGAAUAGCCAUUCAAUCCCUUAAAAAUCUGACUUCGUUAAAUGUCUUCCCCUCUAAGCUCUUGAGAUCCUUGAACUCUUUUGGUGAAGUGUAUCCAUUGUAACUUAAACCUCUUUCUUAAGCUUGUUUUGUGCAUAAAUUGUAACUUAACCACCUUCCUUUAUUCUAUUUAUAUUUUGCCUUCGGUUUAUCUUUCCCCUUUCCCUUUUCUGUAGUUUUUACUUGUCAGUAGGGAAGUCAGGUGUGCAUCUAGGUAGGAAAGUGAAUUCUUUUGGAUCUGAUUUCCAGGAAGUAUUGAGGUUUUGACUGAGUGCUUGUGACUGGAAAUGAAUCAACAGUCAGCUUAGGAUUGCUUAUUUGCAUCACAUGAAUGCUGGUUGCUAUGGCAUUGGAGUCUAGUGUACUUUGCUGCAUGAAUCUCGCAGAGUUAAAUUGCAUAAGACUGGCUCUGGUUUUUAAUUCAUUUGUUUUCGUUAUGUAGAAGAAGUUUUGUAAAUCAUCAACUCUGUUCCAGCCCAGACAUCUGCAGAUGCUGAUGCUACUUUGGAUGUGAAAAUGGGUGUGGAAUUAAGAAAGAGCAAUGUUGAAUGGGUUAAAUGAAGGCCUAAAGUUGCUAGAACAUCCUUAUUAUGGGCCUAUCGCACUAGAGGUGCAGAAUCUAAUUGACUCUCCCGUUCUAGGUUCAUAUCUGUUCUUGAAAAUCGAGUGCAUCAUACUACUAGGCAUCAGAGAUCGCUUGAUUGAAGAAGUUCUUCAUCCUUCAGUUUAACUACAAAAAUGCAGAUGCAACUUCAGCUCUUGCUGAGGACCUGCUGAGAUUAGUGCCACAAAAAAGGUGUUUAAACAUACCUCAGAAUUGAAAUUAAUGCAACUGUGUCUAUGAUUGGACACUUUCUCCGAGCUGCUGGUUUGGAAGCCAUUGCAACGGUGAACACCAUCACAACAGGGUGGCAAUGUCCUACUAUAAGUCUGUAUGUUCUUUAUACUUAGUGCUUAUAAUUGAAUAGCUCUAAGCUGUGAACUAGGAAGAGUGUGCUUGUUAGAAUUCAUUAUGUGUGGAAUGAUUGGAUGAAGAGACCCAUGAAAAUUCACCCUAAACUAACCUGAAGUUUGUUUGGCAGAUGUCACUGAAAUCUAAUGUACAAACCAAACUCUUAGUCACUGGUAAGUUCUUAACACGAUAGUUGCAUAUUCAUCUCAUUGCAAUAGUGCGACGAGAUAUUUCAAAAAGAAACCUCAAGUAACUAGUGUUGUGCCAAAGGAAAUUUUAAAUGGGGGGCAGAGAAGAUGUAUAAACAAAGUAUAUACAUUUAUAUGGAUGAGAAGUUUUUCUAUUGAGGAAGCAAAUGACAAAUGACCCCGUGAAGUGUGAUAUUAAUAGUCACUGGUUAACUUAUUCAUUGAUAGUCUUGUCCUUCCUCUCCAUGCAAACAUGUUUUUGCUUGUGUGUAACCAACUAUAUUGUAGAAGAUCUUUGCCUUGGUAGAACAGUGUUAGGUAGCUGGCUGGGGUCUGUUUUGAUCUAAGAGUCUGUGGCAUUCAUUUCAUCAUCUGGAGAAUCCUGAGACCUCUGUGGCAUUUGACACUGUUACAAACAAGAAUUGGCAUUGGCAGCAUGAAGUGAAUGUUGGUGAGUGAUUACCCCGAACAAAUUGGUACUAUAUCAACAUCGGUUUGAAAGGUACAUCUCACUAUCUCAGGUUAAUUGCACGUUUGUCGUUGCAGGCAUUUCAAAUUUGUUUGGAUUUGGAGGACGCAACUCGCUGGUGGGCUUUUCAGCAUUUAACCCUUGAUUAUGCCGCUAUUGUUGCAAAUAACCUGAAUAAUUCAUCUCGUUUGUUUGAGAUCCCAGAAUUAAUUUCUCACUCAGAGCUGCCUUCUGCUAAUUGUCUAGAGUUGCUGUAGACCUUGCAUGUCGUCACAGGUAAUCAGAAAUUAAUAAUUGCCACUUCCAAAUCUAGGGGAAGAACUUUUUAUGCCUGUUCUAUCUUUAUCACUGGAAGCUAUUUACUAGUUGUAAAAGUUAUGCUUCAUCUUUGGGUCUUGUAUUACCAAAGGAUUGGCUUUAGCUUAUCGUUAUAUAAGUGAUGAGUUAUGAUCA